AUGCAUCGGUGGAUAUCUGGGGUGUGUAGGGUGGCGUUUCUCCAUCCGGACCUCGGGCUGGGGGGUGCCGAGCGGCUGGUUGUGGAUGCCGCGUUGGCCUUGCAGGAGCGUGGCUACGAUGUGACCGUCUUCACCUCCCACCACGAGCCCGACCGCUGUUUCCAGGAGACCUGCAGUGGCACCCUCAAAGUCAAGACUUAUGGCGAUUGGAUGCCCCGUCACAUUGCCGGGCGCCUCCAUGCCCUCUUUGCCUACUUGCGCAUGAUCUACCUCGCGCUGGUUGUCACCAUGACUUCCAGCUUUGACGUUAUUAUCUGUGAUCAGGUCUCGGCGUGCAUCCCUUUUAUCCGCCUCUUUUCGUCGGCCCGCAUCAUCUUCUACUGCCACUUCCCAGAUCUGCUUCUGACCAAGCGCCAGAGCACGCUGAAGCGCCUCUAUCGCUAUCCUCUGGACAAGCUAGAAGAACACACGACUGGCAUGGCCGACGUCGUGCUCGUCAACAGCAAGUUUACUGCCGGCGUCUUUCGCGACACCUUUACCUCACUGCGCCACCUGCAACCAGGCGUCUUAUACCCAAGCCUGCAUACGGCCAGCUUUGACAAGAAAGUGGACGAUAGCCAGGCCGAUCGCCUGGUUGGCACGAGUAGCCCCCACGUCUUCCUCUCCAUCAAUCGCUACGAGCGCAAGAAAAACCUGGCGCUCGCCCUCGAGGCCAUGUUGGAACUCAAGCAACUGGUUACCCCGGCUCAGUGGGAAGCCUGUCACCUCGUCAUGGCGGGCGGUUACGACCCACGACUGCCAGAAAAUGUCGAAUAUUUUGCCGAGUUGAGUGCAUUUGCAAACAGUCGCUUGCCAGGCAAGGUCACCUUUCUUCGGUCGUUUAGUGAUGAAGAGAAACUGAUUCUGCUGCGGCGCUGUUGUGCUCUCGUUUAUACCCCGGAGAACGAGCACUUUGGAAUCUGCCCCGUGGAAGCCAUGUAUAUGAGCAAACCCGUUGUGGCGGUGAACAGUGGUGGCCCCAUGGAAAGCGUGGCCGCUGUGCCUUUGGAGCAUGCUGCAGAGCUGCCUGGUCGCUCGGGCUUCCUUUGCGCCUCGGACCCCAAAAACCUGGCACAGGCCAUGAUCCGCUUGGUGCAGGAGCCCAAUCUCAGCUCCGACCUAGGACGGAACGGCAAGCAACGCGUCGCUGAAAAACACAAACAAGCUCGGAAUCGCAGGGCGCCUCUGGCACCCUUCCUCACGGCAUCCUUGCACCACCUGUGCAGCUUCGAUUCUCAAAAGUAUUUGGACAAGCUCUAUGCAGCGUCCAAUCUUCAGCAGCUCAUCGCGCGCGAGGACGAGCUUGAUCAUGAGGUCAAGGGUCUGGACUCGGACAUGCAAACGCUCGUCUACGAAAACUACAACAAAUUCAUCAGCGCCACGGAUACCAUUCGCGAUAUGAAAAACCAGGUAGAAUCCAUGUCCGAUCAAAUGACCCGGCUCUCCGAGACCAUGGCCAAAACGCAAACUUUGAGCACCCAGAUUGAUGACACUCUCAAGCCCCGCCGUGACCGCAUCAACAAGCUGGCCGGGGGCCAUCUGAUGCUGCGCCGCCUGCAAUUUCUCUUUGAGCUGCCCGCCCGGCUCCGCCAGUGCCUUGAAAUGGACCUUUUGGCUCAAGCUGUCCAGUAUUAUGCCAAGGCUCGACAUGUUCUUGAGCGCUACAAAGACAUGGAAAGCUUCAAAGCCAUCCAUGCCGAGUGCCAGGAGAUUGUUCAGGCUGUGACAGAGUCCCUUCUCAAGAAACUUGAAGAUGCCACACUGAGUCGCCGGGAUGUGGGCGAGACCAUGAGCUUGUUGGUCAAACUCAACCCGGACAACAUGGGCCUUGCUGAUCACCUUCUGGACUUGGCGCGACGCCAGUGGGAGGAUGAUCUCCAAGCUCUCCGCGAGGUCUAUGAUAAUUGGCAGCCAGCCCCAGCUGAUGUUUUGAUUGUGUGCAUUGGCCACUGUACAGACGUGGCAACGUCACCGGUCGCCAACUCAGAGGCCUUGAAGAGCGAUGAGGUGGCGACUGAGGAGGCUGUCGAUGCUGCUGCGGCCGCGAACGAGAACGUUGAUGUCCAAGCCGAUGACCCAACCAACGCACAGCAAGAGACAUCUGAGGUCAUCGCUGAAGCAGAGGCCGAUGCUGCAAGCCUAUCAGACGAUUUUGACAUCAACCUGGAUCCCCAAACGACCUCAGCCCAGCCCGGUUCCCAAAACAACGGCGGCACCGGUGAUCUGCCCGACGACACCUCGCGCUCCGCCACCCCCGAGGAGGAAGCAUGGGAUGAUCACCGCCAAGUCGAGGGCCAUCGGCUGGACAUCCGGAUGGAGUCAGAAUUUGCAACUUCCACUCACACUUACGCGAGCGAGCCACCUCUGCGUACGACCCGGUCGGCCUAUGCUCAUCGCUCUCACCCGUGUGCUGCAGAAGCCACCACACUUGUGCAGGCCCAUGAGGAAGACGCCGGCGAGGUCCCGGUUCUUGAGCAAUACCGCAUUAAACUCGUCUCCUUUGUUCAAGAAACCAUUGAGGACACUUUGCUGGUGCAGAUUGAGCGCAUCUGUCAUGACGAAAUUCAAAACAACUCGCCCACGGCUGCUGUUGUGGGGUUUCUCGGCGCAAUCUCACUCGAUCUCUCCAAGACGCAUCGUCUCGUUCCUGCCGCCAAACUCGACGAAAUUUGUGCCAGCAUGGCGAUUCGCGUCACUAAGGAAUUGUCACGCCACCGAGCAGCGGCACUCAAGCGAACCAUCCGCAUUGGAGUUUUGCGAUUCGCCUUUCAGCAGCUGGCAUUGCUUUGUGGGGUGGCCGUGAACCUAGCGGGCAACAGUGAUCAUGCCGUUCGAGUCAGCGACGAAGACACGGAGCAAGUCUUGGAGCGCCUUCGUCAAUCACUUGCAACACCGAGCCGUUUGGCUUUGGUCAACUGCACCUUGGCCAUGGCCACGAGUGUCAUCGAGCCCGCCUAUGCUGCUGCUAGCAAGGCUUUUCCUCUGCCGCAGGGAAAGCAUGACUCUCAAUCACUGGAUGAUUUGACAGUUCGCGACACCAAGCACUCGUUUGAGGCCUUGGCGCAGGAAAUGCUGACCACCAUUGCCGUGGAGCAUGCCAACCAUCUGGCAACGCCGAUGCCAUGCUUCAGCAAUUGUUUCCGAAAGGUUGGCACCCAACGCGAUCUCGACGACUGGCUCACCAGGCCAAGGCAUGCUCAUUGGAUGAUGUUUGUAGGUCGAACCAAAGACAAGCUACAAUCGUUUGCCCGCAAGAUUCAAGUCGAUGUAAUCUCCUCGGCCCUCAAGCUCUUCACUGACACUAUUGAAGUGUUUGUGUCGUUUGCCCCAGCCUACGGGCCAUACGCCCGGUGCCUACUCCUGACUGCGCUAAAGGGCAUUGGUGAACUCAUUCGGGACAGCGUGCUCACCCGUGGUGCACUGCAUCAGCUGCAGGUCCGAGUCCAAUUGAACUUGCCCGGCUGCUCGUGCUCGACCUUGGUGACCCAUGUCGAAUUGGAGGCAUCUCAUGCGUUCCAUUGA